GCCUCCUUCCUAUCUUCCCCUUCCCCGGCUCUUCCUCUCCCCCAACACACAACCGAAGCCGCCAGCGACGCGGUACCCGGCAAAACGCUCGCGCUUUUACCCCGCCUAGGGUUUCGGGCCGCCCCCGCCUCGCCUCCCCUCGCGCUCCCUUCGCACCAUCACGCGCUCCCGGUUCGAUCCUCCCCGAUUCCCCGAUCUGGGGGUUAUCCGGUGUCUACGGCGUUGAUGAGGUUGUUGCGGCGGUAGAUGGGCGCGAUGGCGGCGGUGAAGGUGGAGGAGCACGAGGGGAGCGCGGGGAAAUGGUGGAAUCUGGCGGCGUCGAGCCCGUCGACAUCGGUAUCUGAGGCGGGAAGCUAUGGAGGCGGCGCUCGGAUGUCGUCGGUGGUUUCCAGCCCGGCGGACUCUGUCUCUGGUCGCAGGCGAACAAGUGGCCCUGUAAGGAGAGCUAAGGGUGGCUGGACAACAGAAGAGGAUGAAACAUUGCAGAAGGCAGUGGAUGCUUGUAAUGGAAAAAAUUGGAAGAAGAUAGCUGAAUCUUUCCCUGAUAGAACAGCGGUACAAUGCCUGCAUAGAUGGCAAAAAGUUAUUAAUCCUGAACUUGUAAAAGGGCCUUGGACCCAAGAGGAAGAUGAUAUCAUUAUCAAUAUGGUAAAGAAGUAUGGUGCCAAAAAAUGGUCCCUGAUAGCAAGGUCACUAAAUGGUCGCAUUGGUAAACAAUGCCGAGAGAGGUGGCAUAAUCAUUUGGAUCCUCAAAUAAAUAAAGAUGCCUGGACUGUUGAGGAGGAGCGUGUGGUUGCUGAUGCUCAUCGUUUGCAUGGUAACAAAUGGGCAGAAAUUGCAAAACUUCUUCCUGGAAGGACUGAUAACUCGAUAAAGAACCAUUGGAAUAGUUCAUUGAGAAAACGGCUAGGUGAUUACAAUGCAAGCAGUCCUCUGCCAGUUUCUGUGCAUAUGGUUCGUAAUAGUUUGAAACAUGAAAAGGCAAAGCUAACUAAUGGGAACCAUAUUGACUUGAACAAGGAGCCCAAUAUCAAUUUGAAACACCCCCCAGAAAUAGCUGAUCAUUCUGAACAUACAACUGAUCUGCGCGCUUGCAGUUUAAAAAAUAUUAAGAGCUGUUCAGAUUUCCUUUCACUUGUCAUCCCAACUGCUCAGCCAGAAACUCAUGGGGCAUUAGAAGAAGGUGACUAUUCUGAUGUUGCUUUAGCAGCAAUACAAGGGCUGAAAAUGGAUUCUAUUCAUGACAAGGGCACAGAAAUAAAUUUUGUUUGUAAGGAGCGUUCGAAAAUUGACUCGCUCAAUGUGGAGGUACUGAAACUUGAUCAUGUAACAGAUACAAUGGGGUAUUCAGGAUCAGCUAAGGUAGAAGGCAAAACUGUCAACAAUGUGUGCACAUUAUCCUUGCCAAAUGAGUCUAACUCCUUUGGUUCUCUUUGUUAUAAGAUACCUAAGCUAGAAGAUGUUGUCCCUUCCCACUCCCCUGUUUUUUCUACACAUCAUGUACAACAAUGCUGGGGGGAUGGAUUCCAAUCACCCGUUGGCUAUACUACCUCCCCUGGGGUUGAAGACAUAUAUCAACUAAGUGCUGAAUCAAUAUUGAAGAGUGCAGCUGAAAACUUCCCAGGUACUCCUUCAAUUUUAAGGAGAAGAAAAAGGGAGACAGCAGCACAUGCUGAAGAUAGUAAUUUCAAGAUUGAUAUAUUAAACAGUGAUAGUUAUCAUACUCCCUUGGGAAAGUGCACUGCAGAAAGCCCGCAUUCGUUCAAGACAGCAACAUUUUUGUCCCUGGGUCCUCCAAGUAAUGAAGGGUUAUCUGCUGCAUUAGGGAGUUUCGAUGUUUCUCCGCCAAAUCGUCUAAGGUCCAAAAGGAUGGCUAUCUUGAGAGUCGUUGAGAAGAAACAUCUAGAUUUUUCAUUAGAUGGGAUGGACAAUUUUGAUACUCCUGAUACUACGAAGAAGACUUCCUCGUGUACUGAAUGCACCAAUUCCUGCACAGAUGUUUCAAGUGAGCAUAUGGUUGGCUUGGAAAUUUUAGCCAAGGACUUUGCACGCACAACCAAGUUAGAUGUGAUUUAAUUCUACAGCAUCCAGAGACAACUGACAGUAUGCUGAAGUCGGCAGGAAAAUCUGAUGUGUCUUAACUGAACGAAUGUUCCUAAAUACAAAUAGGAAGCAUUACAUGAGAAACGUAAUCUCUCUGGUCGGAUCGGUCUACCCAAACCUUCUCUCGGUGUGGGGUGUACAAAGCCUUCUCUUCUCUUAGCAAUAUUUUUUCUUUAUACAUAUGGGAUACAUCUUGUGGGUUCACAGGUAGUACUCCAAUAUUAGGAAAAGCACAGCUUUUGAAACAUACAGGUGAAAAACAAAAAUAUUCUGCGUAGUCCCCAGACAGUGUUCUUUCUCCAACUUCUGUACUCUUAUAGUGACGGUGAAACGAGGCUUCCGUGACUGCUGAACCAAGUACAUCUGGGGGAUACACGCAUAAUUGACUGCCAUCGUGCGUCUUGUUUCUGUUC